UCUGUGAAAUUCGUUAGAGAGGAGAGAGAGGAAGCCGAGGGCAAAAGGGUAAUUUGAAAAGCAGAUAUUCUCUGCAACAAACGACGCAAACAAACAAACUUUAGAGAGAGAAGGCAGCUUAAACCCUUUCCAUAAAACCCCAUCAACCUCACACACACACAGCUUUGUACUGUCAUCAUCCUCUCUCUCUCUCUCUAUCUCUCUCUCUGAAGAUCAUAACUCUGAAAAAUGGCAGAGCACCCACCACCGUCGUCUUUCCAUCACCACUUCGCGUGCCCUCCUCCACCAAAACACCGAUCAUCAUCGAAUUACAAGAAACACUCCUUCCCCGGAUCUCAUCACCACCAACCUCCGACAUUCAACCGUCUCUUCCCGUGCCAGUACUGUCCCCGCAAGUUCUACACCUCCCAAGCUCUCGGCGGUCACCAGAACGCACACAAACGCGAACGCGCCGCUGCUCGUCGCAACCUCGGCGUCGUCGACGUCGACGUUUCUCAUCAUCCUCACCACGACGCUCCGUCGUCUGUUAACCUCUACGACAACGACGCCGCCGCUUUCGUCUGUCCUGAUUUCUACCCUAACACGCCUCAUCAAGGAUCCGUCGUCACAGCAACCGGAUCGACCUGGAGCGUACUACCACCGGAUAAUCAUCAACAGACGACGACGAUGAUGGUGGGUGGUGGGUACGUCGACCCGUACUGCCCCCCGUAUCCGUACCCGUUUGGUUACCCAUACGGCUUCAUCAUGGAGCAGGAAGAACACGAGCCACAGCUGGAUCUUUCUCUCCAUCUCUGAGAGCUUUUUUUUCUGUUUUGUCUUGUUCAGGUCUCUCUUUCUAAGUACAACUUUUGGAGCUAUGUGUAACGUUUCUAUCUUUCUCUUUUACUUUUUUAUAAACUAGCUGCCCUCACCCAACCUUUUUGGUAAAACGAUCGUUUCGAUUUUCGUUUAUAAUCGUG